AUGGCUGAACCGGAUGAUUAUGAUAAAUAUUUAAAAUAUCACCUUCAUAAAAUUUUAACUGAACCAAAGUCACUUCAGACAACUAUGGUGAUAAUGGAUCUCACAGACUUUUUCAUCAAUCAUAUUAGCCAGGAGGACAUUGGAAAUCUUCUUGUUCCAGAACUGUUUGUUUGUCUUGAACCCGGUACUCCAAAAUCACUGGAAACUUUACAGAACUCAAUUUCAGUUUUAUCGAAAUAUCUUAGUAACACCCAGAUCGUUCAGUCUAUUUUACCACGCCUCAAAGAAAUUUAUCACCGCAAACAUCAAACCCCAAGCACAAUUCGAACAGUUGACCGUGAAUUAGUACUUGCAGUUGUAGCGUUAAAUCGUCGACUCAUAUCAGACAGAAAAGGUGAAAUUUCCUAUAAUUACAUAGCGGGAAUGCUACUACCAUCUAUGGUUAACUUCUUAGCUUUACAAACAUUAACUAUUUCUGAUUUUCGAGCUGUAAUUAAUUUAACGCGCACAAUGCUUGACCUCAUUGACCGUCAACGUUCAAUAGAACUUAGAUCACAAACUGGAUCAAAGUCAGUUGGUGGUAGCUGCUCUGAUAUGAGCUCGUCGUUUGCACCUCCUCGCAAUCUUCCCCUAAUUGCUAUGCAGCGUCCAACUAUAGAUUCUGAAUUACUAUGUGCAGACAUGGAUGAUCCAAAACUCUCAAGAUCAAGCUUAGAUUAUCGCCGAAGUUCUGGCAGUGAAGUAAGUGGCGCUAGCCGUUGGAGUAGGAAUAGUUUAUUAAUUCAACGACUUCAAGCAUCACAACAUCGUUCAGAAAGCCUUCUAUUCAAUACCAAGCACAGAAACUCCACUGGAGAUCAUAGAUUCUGGAAUGAGACUUCAAGCAACCCUAGUUUCAAUUAUCACGGGCAUUCCGGUGGAAAUUCUCGUAUUGGAGCAAAUCCUUUCUACAUUCCAAGUCCAGCCUCUGGAGAUUUACAGAAGAUACGCAGAUAUUCUGGAAAUCUACCAACUCGAUCAAUGGAAACUCAGGACAAUUUAGGCGCUCUGAAUGUACCGAGAUACAAUAGUGGGUUUUUGGACCCCAGAAGGCAUAGUUAUGGUUUCACGCCAAGUACAUCGACAAAAUCGUUAAUUACUGUUAAUGUGUGUGAAGGUCCUUUUGUCACUCCAUUCAAUCAUCGGAGUUCAAUUCGUCGAAAUUCGGGAUGGAGUUGUGGACAAUUUUCCACUUCUCAAGUGUCCACUUUCAAAAAAGUUUUAUGA